ACUAUAACUAACGUUUACCCAUUGCGCUGACGAAACCGUCUACAGUUGCUGAUAUCGUUUUGAACAUUUCAGUUCUUCAUAAAUUUCAAGAUUAUAUUAAACUACAAUCAAAAAUCAUAAGUUGACAAAAAUAAGUUAUUAUUUAACAUUCAAAACUGUUUAAAAGAUGGAAGAUGACCAGGGCUUAAGUUUUGCUGAUCAAUCUCUUAUGCUUAAUUCUGCUGAAGAUGCUAAAGCUAUUGUUUUAGCAAUUGAAAAAUGUCCAAGCUUGGUUUAUUUCAAUCUUCAAGGAAAUACUUUGGGAAUUGAUGCUGCUAAAGAAAUUGGCAAUGCUCUUGCUAAACAUGGAUCUCAGCUUAAACGUGCAUUAUGGCAAGAUAUGUUUACGGGACGACUUAAAUGUGAAAUUCCUAUAGUUUUAGAACAUUUAUCAGCAGGCUUGUUAACAGCAAAUGUACGUUUAUCUGAACUCGAUUUAAGUAAUAAUGCUUUUGGACCCAUCGGUAUGGAUGGAUUAGUUAAACUAUUGAACUCUCCUGUUUGUUACGAAUUACAAACUUUGCGUUUAAUGAAUAAUGGAUUAGGGAUUGGUGGAGCAAAAAUGUUGGCAAAAGCAUUGAUUGAUAAUUAUCAUGCUAGUUGUAAGGCUGGUACUCCAUUUAAACUUAAAGUACUUAUAGCUGGCAGGAACCGAUUAGAAAAUGAUGGUAUCAUUGCUUUAUCUAAAUUCUUUACUCUUGUCAAAACUAUGGAAGAAAUUACAAUACCUCAAAAUGGAAUUUAUUGCAAAGGUAUAUUAGAACUCACCAAGAGUCUACUAAAAAAUCCCAAUCUAAAAGUUCUAGAUGUUCAAGAUAAUUUAUUAACUGCACUAGGAGCAGAAGCAUUAGCCAGUGUGCUUCCUAAUUUAGUAAAUUUAAAACGUUUGAAUAUUGCUGAUUGUUUAAUAAAAUCUAGAGGUGCUUUGGCAAUUUCAGAAGCUUUAAAUAAUCAUGAAUCUCUUGAAGUUUUAGAUGUAAGUUAUAAUGAAAUCAAUGGUGAAAGUGGACUAAAAUUAACACAGUCAUUAUGUAACAAAAUUAAUUUAAAAGAAUACAAUGUUAAUGGUAAUAGAUUUGGUGUUGAAACCAUUGAAAUUAUAUCAAAAACGCUCAAAGAGUCCAACAAAGAUAAUACACUUGGUUCAUUUAGUGGAGAUGAAGGUGAAUGUAGUUCUGAUGAAGAAGAUGACAAUGGAGAAGCUGAAGAAAGUUCAACAGAUGAAGAUAAUAAUUCUGCCUCUUGUGCUGAUGAUACUGCAAAUCUUCUCGAAGAUAUGUCUAUUGGUGAACCUAAAUUAACAAAUGAUUCAAUUGAAAAUGUUAGCAUUGAAAAAUUAGUUGAUCAACUGAUGGAUACUGCUGGACAUUAUCAAGAUUCCGAUGAAGUUACUUUAGAUAAAUGCUUAAAGUUAUAUAAAACAGCUUACUCUGAUGCUAUUAAAACUUUAAAAUUCGUAGAAUUAACAAAUUUAUUAUUGGUUAAACAUGGUUUGAUUAAAAGUGAAGAUAAAGAAUUCCAACUGCGAAAAGAUGUUGGUAGAUGUUUAGAAGUUUUAAAAAAAGUUGUUGAACAUAAAAAUAUUAUUCCUGAACAAUCUCAAUGUGUUUUAAGUUUUAUGUUAAAA